GCACAUAUAACUUUCAGACGCAAAGAUAACGCUCUCUGGCAGGACUUGGGUGUACGAAUAAUACCUAAUUUGUGGUUAUAAGUUGAAGUAUAAAAUUAUUUUUAAAAUUUUACAAUAUGAUAGGCACUUUAUUCUCCAAUGCGUGUCAAACAUUUCCGCGGCUUGCAUUGUUGAGUCCUAUAAUAACCAAUCCAUGGAGUCUUAUAUUGAGUAGAACUAAAAUAAGGCAUCAUUUUCCCCGUCCUAAUGAACGUCGUCGUAUUAAACGACAUGGAUGGGAUGCAAGGAUGUCAACUUUAAGUGGACGGAAAAUUCUUAUGAGAAGGAUAUUGAAAGGCAAAUACGUACUUAGUCAUUAAAUAUUGUACUUUGAGUCAUUAUUAAAUAAUUAUAUUGUUUUCUUAAAUAAA